AAUACCUCGAUGCCGUCUAUGCCGCUCACGAGACGUCCAUGAUCUUCACUUUCAUCAUGUGGGCUGUUCUCGGCGCCAUCCUGCUUGUGAUUAUCCUAUCUCGACUUGCGCGCCCAAAGAAGCUGGACGGCGCGAGACAGGGCUUUGUAUAUCGCCUAACAAGACUGGCAUCGUCGGCCGUCCGGCGUUAUCUCGUGCCCGAGUGUUCAAAGGUAUUCAGGUAUACUACAAGACUGCAGGUUCUGAUUCUCGCGCUAUUCUGUGUCUACCUCACAGCCUUCUCCUUCGCCGGUAUUACAUACAAGACGUGGAUUACGCCGAUCAAAGGUAGCGAUCUGCACAACACGCGGAGUGGUGUCGGUGGCUUCGCCGACCGCGUCGGUGCCUUUGCCUUUGCGCUGACCCCUCUGACUAUUGCGCUGUGCACCCGCGAUUCGAUCCUCAGCAUGCUCACGGGCAUCCCCUACCAGAGCUUCAACUUCUUGCACCGCUGGACAGGCCGCAUCAUUCUUGUUCAGUCAUUUGUUCACGCCAUCAUCUGGUCAGUUAUCGAAGGAAAGCUUUACCAGCCGCAACCUACUACCUACGUCAAGUGGAUCAGUCAAAAGUACAUGAUUUGGGGUUGCAUUGCACAAGGAUUCAUUACCUUUUUGUUCGUCUUCAGUCUCCGGCCCGUAAUCCGCUGGACAGGCUACGAGUUCUUCCGCAAGUCGCACCUUGUUGUUGCCGGCCUUUACAUUGGAGCUUGCUGGGGCCAUUGGGAAAAGCUGUCGUGCUGGAUGAUUGCCUCGCUUGCCAUUAUGGGCAUCGACCUUGUUGCCCGAACUGUUCGCACCAUUCUGAUCCAUACGGGCUACAAUCAAGGAGGUUUCGGCUUCCGAUCUGUGCCAACCACCAUGGAGAUUUUCAAGGACCCUACAGGAACGAUUGUCCGCAUGACCUUUUCUCACAAGCACGGCGCAUGGGCAAUUGGCCAGCACUUCUACCUCACGUUCCCUGCGCUCAACAUCUGGCAGUCGCACCCGUUCACGUCAGCGUCAAACCCGAACAGCUCCUCUGCGGUGCAGAACCACACCUACAUUAUCCGCGCCUGCAAGGGCGAAACGGCCAAACUUGCUGCUCUCGCCGAGGCUGCUGCAAACUGCUACCCGCGCCUCCAAGCUUCUACGCCCGUCAUCAUGAUGGGGCCAUACGGCAGCUCCAUUGUGAACAACGAGGUGUCCAACAUACUCGCAAUCGCUGGUGGCACAGGCAUCACCUACACACUCCCCGUCAUCAUCAACGCACUCUCGGACCUAUCGCCCGCGCGCAACAUUGAACUGGUUUGGACCGUGCGCCACUUGGAGAAUCUCGCGUGGAUUGCACCCGAACUCGCUUAUCUCAAAUCUCAGCUCAGCGCAAACCGCGGUGGAUCUCGCUUGUGUCGCGAUGCAGCGAAAGAGGAUGACGCACAAGUUGCCCGUGUACACACACAUAAGCGCUUCCGCAUCAGCAUCUUCGUUACGCGACCUGAGACCAGGAAGCAGCCGUCCCGAUUGGAUGGCGACAGCGGCAAGGACAAGGACUACGGCGAUGGCGGAUCCCUGGCAAACGUUUCCUCGAUUGACUCGGUGGACACGGAUAGCCAGCUUGAAGAACUGUGCAGCGUGUGCCCAAACUUCAGCAUCACAUGGCUGAACAAUGCACGGCCCAACGUGGCGUCUCUAGUCGACACGUUUAUGCACGGGACAGUGGACAGCGGCAGGACGCAGGUUGUUGGCUCUGGACCGCCGGACUUGGGCACGCAGAUUCGCGGAGCUGUUGCCGCACAGAAUGCUCCUGGAAGCGUAUGGCGAGGCGACGAGCGCGGUGACGUCGAGUGUGUGUGGGAUGACCGCAUGGGAUAGGCGGUGGUGGACAGAACAUGGUUGAUUUCGGCUGUAAAUAUUAUCUCGAACGUCGCCC